UCUUUAUUGUUUGAUCAAUAUCUGGUAUACACUUGACUCUUAACAGUUUAGUCUGCUGGAAGUUACCAAAGCAAUAAUAAAUCCAUGGAGAUGAAGACAUGUCUAAUCAAGACAGUGCUUGUGACACAAUUUUAUUGUCAUAAUUUUCGGAUUUUUGUGUUGCAUUAUUCUCUAAAUUUCAAAAAUGGAUGAGAGUGACUUCAGCGAAGGAAAUGAAGAGGGAGAUGAAGUUAAAGAAGAUGAUCUUGAUCCUGAUGAUCCAGAACACUUUUUUCCCAUCAUGGAAAGAACUUUUAACAAGACAUUGGGGGAAAUGGAAAAGAAUCUUGAAGCGUCCCAGUUCGCCGAUGAGUACAACAAGCUAUUCGAAGCCUUCUAUCAAACCUACACCAGGCAAAAAGAACUGGAAGAAACGACUAAAUCGAUGGAAAAAGAAAUCGAAGACAAAAACAACAAAAUUGCGCUCUCCAUGCAACUUACCGAAAAAGAUUCAGAAACUAUGGAAGAACUCAAGACUCAGAUCAACCAUGCCUGGAAAUUGGCCGAUGCUGCUCAUGGUAGAGAGCAAUUGGCUCAAGAAAUCAUAGACAAUUUGAGGAGACAAGUGGAGAAUCUGAAUGCAGAAAUCGAUUUUAAGAAUAAAUUGAAUCAAUCCGAUGAUGAUGCUGGUGAAUUAAGCAAGCACAAAGAUGGUUUGGAAAGAGAAAGAGAUCGGCUUAUUAAUGAGGUGACACAGUUGAACACCAAACUGCAAAAUGCCUUGGGAUAUCAAGAGGAGCUUGAAAGAAAAACGUCAGAAGCAGAUUUGAAAAUUAAUGAAAUAUCAGGACAGUUAGAAGAUCAAUCUGCUGAGAUAAAUCGUCAGAAGAGAGCUAGAGAAAAACUAGAAAACGAUAUAGUGGAGCUGAAAUAUAAGAUCGAAGAGAAAGAUGCUCAGAAGAACGAUCUGCAAACCGUCAUCAGCCAACAACAGAAAAACAUCGGGAGGCUGGAGAUGGACAUCAAAGAAGUGAAAUCGUCUCACGAUAAGCUCUCCAAAGAACUCGAAAUUGCACUGAAUAAGUUGGCGAAACUUCAGGAUGAGUACAAUAGUGCUCUUUAUGAUGUGGAUAGAGCCAAGAAAGGUUUAGAAGAAAAAGUUCGAGAUGGCAAGGUUUUGUUUGAAGAGAUCACUCGGCAAAAAAAUGAGGCAUCCAAAUUGAUGAAAGUGAGAGAGUCCUUGGAGAAAAGAAUUCUCGUGAUAACUGCUGAAAAAGAUGAAAUUAUAAACGAUCGGAAUAACUUGAGACAAAGAGUAGCAGUUUUCGAGAAAGAAAUAGAUGAUUACAAAAAGUACAUUGACGAAGAUAAGAGGAAUAUGGAUGUGCUAGCCAAAGAAAAAGACGUUCUCAACAAAUCGUUACAAAGGCAACAGGCCGUUCAAAAAGAACAAUCUAAACUCAUAUACAUACAAGAACAAUCCAAAAAGAAAUUGGAACUGGAGUUGGACACGUUUUUCGUAGAAAGUGGCAAGCAAAAAAAGAAGUUGAGUCAGUUGGAAAGAGAAAGGGAUAAACUAGCGGAAGACCAGUUGGAGCUGACUACAACCAUUGAAGAAAACAUGGAAGAUAUCAGAUUGAAAAAAGCUUUCAUCUUCGAUUUGAAAAAAACUGCUGCAGAACAGGAAAACAGACUGAGACAACAGCAAAAUUUAUACGAAGCCAUCAGGUCAGAUAGGAAUUCUUUGCAAAAAUCCCUGCAAGAAUCCAGUGCCGAGUGUGGGGAACUGAAGAAGAAACUGAAAAUUUUGUUUCACCAAAUCGAACAACUUAAGGAAGAUGUGGCAAUGAAAGAAAAGCUACUCAUCAAAGAUGAGAAUGUCAUGAGGAAAAUCACAAAGGAAAAGGAGAAUUUAAAAGUUGAAGUCAUGACUGGACUCGAUCAAAUUCGUACGUUAAAAGAAGAAGUGAAGGGGCUCAGAGAAGAAGAGAAAAGACUGCAUAAAACUAUAAUGGAUAAUACAAGAACUAUCAGGGAUCAAGCCAAAAAUAUCGGACAACUGAUGAACGAACGUGACGUGUUAGGUUCGCAAUUGGUCAGGAGGAAUGAUGAAAUCGCACUGUUGAAUGAAAAAAUUGUGAUUUUACAAUCCACUUUAUCUAGAGGUGAAACACACUAUGAUCAGAGGUUAGUCGAUAUAAGACUGCUGAAAUUGGAGGUAAAAAGACUGAGACAAGAAAAAAACCUGAUGUCGAAAACGAUGGCGAACAUGGUGGAUCUUCGUCAAGAAAUCUUCCACUUGGAGCGAGACCUGACGAAAAGCAGACUGAAGUGCAAAGCUCUGGAGCAAGAAGUUCAGAAUCCCCUGAACAUCCAUCGCUGGAGAAAACUGGAAGGUUCAGAUCCUGAGGUGCUAGAUAUGCUCCAGAAAAUUCAGAUUCUCCAGAAGCGGCUGUUGGCGCAAGGCUCGGAGGCGGUGGAGCGCGAACGGCAGCUGAAGGAGGCCGAAAGGUUGUACCUGAACCUGCGGAAGGUGCUGGCGAAGCAGCCGGGACCCGGCAUCCAGCAGGAGCUGUCCAAGACGCAGCGCGCGUUGCGCGUGCGCGGGAACAAGCUGAAGUGUUUGGUUUCGGAGCUCAACAUGACCGAACUGAAAUCGGUAGAGUACAAAUCAGAUUUGCAAAGAGUCACGGAAGAACUGGCCGAUUUGAAAAAGAAAUAUUUGGCGGAAAAGAAAGCGAACCGAACGAAGCGCAUAGCCCACGAGUCUAGCCGAGAGGCGAAUCACAGUCGCGCAGGGGAAGCCGGCGAAGUUAGAUUCACUGGUGGCGGGUUUCGAAUGUCCGUGCAACAAAUCUAAACAGAAGCCUACCGACAACCGAUUUUCAUCCAUUAUAGUAUUAGUUUAGUUAGUACACAGCGGCUGUGAUCCGAUCAAAGAUAACUGGAUAAAUGAAAAUGUCAAAGGUAUUGGAAGUGUGCGUUGACAGCGUAGAUUCGGCGAUCGCUGCCAUGAGUGGUGGCGCCGACCGUUUAGAGUUGUGCUCCUCUCUCAUAGAUGGGGGGCUCACGCCAACUGCCGGUUUGCUCAUUCAAAUUCAAAAUUUGAAUAGCAGGAAUAUUCC